CUGACCAGAAAGAUAACAGACACGGAUCUCUUGAUUUAUUGUCAAUCUUUGUAGCGCUUAGUACUAAAAGCAUAUUACCAACUCAGAAAAGCUUAGAGCUACACGGCUGUACAGAAACAGGGAUUUAGAAGAAACUUUACCUAUAGCUGGUUAAUUUCUUCAUUUGGAUUGAAUCACAGAGACUCUAUAAUGGACCUGGUGUGGCUUUUACACAUCGCAGCGAGUAUCUGCGCUUUGCUCGCCUCUGCAGAGAGACACACUGUUUUCUGGAAUAGUACCAACCCUAAGUUCAGAAGGAACAACUAUGCGGUUGAGGUACGCCUGAACGACUACUUGGACAUCGUUUGCCCUCACUACCCGCUGGGCGAAGUGCCAUCACAGGACGCCGAGCGCUACGUGCUCUACAUGGUGGAACGUGAAGACUACGACACCUGCCGCCCACAGUCCUACGACCAGAUGCGUUGGGAAUGCGGCCACCCUUUCGCCCUGCACGCGCCCGAGAAGUUCUCAGAGAAGUUCCAGCGCUUCACGCCGUUCACUCUUGGAAAAGAGUUCAGACAGGGCGAGAGCUACUACUACAUCUCCAAACCACUGCACCACCACGGAGAGGAUUGUUUGAGACUCCGAGUGGACGUAGUCGCCAGUGAUGGUUCUCAAGAAGCCAGGGUUGGCACAGGAGGCGGAGCCAAAGUGACCACAGGGGGAGGAGCUCACACACCUUCUAAUAGGUUACCAGCAGAUGACCCAGUUGUGUCUCUUCCUGAAGUACAGAAAAGCAUGCGGACAAACUCCGCCAUUUCAAUAGCAUCCUGGACUGUUCUCACAACCUUGCUCCCUAUUUUAUUAUUGCUGGUCUUACAGUGAGACGGACAUUGGACUAAUUUACACUUACAAAAGACUAUAAUGACGGCGGCCUGUGUUGAUGGAAGCACACAGGGGUAGCUCUUUACAUCCCAGUGCUGGCCAUUGGGAGACACAUACAGGAAGUGGAGCUCUCUCACACCGCUGGUGCCGGUGGAGAAGCGUAACUGGAAUGAAGAGGGCUUUGAACUUUCGGACACUUCUAAAGACAAAACGAGACGUCAGUAUUUUUCUGGAAAUAUUGUUCAUGCAAAGGGAUUUUUUUCCCUUUUCCAUUGUUUUUCUCAUAUAAACGCCGGACUACACAAAAACUGGAUAAGAACAUACUGAAACUUUAAUGCAGAAUUUGAAUUGAGUUUCGUAAUGAGGGGACGCAAGCCACGAUUGAGCCAAAGACACAGAGCUUCUCUCGGAGGAGCAGAACGAUCAAACCUUUCAUUGUUUUCUCAUGUUUUGUUGAUCCAGAGAAAUAAUUGAGUUUCGUAUUAAUUUAUGUAGCAUCAGCUCAGUGGGUUUCAUUCUCACUUUUUUCUCAUGAUUUUACAAGACCGUGUGCUGUACCUGGAUGUAAACCUGGAAAUACAGCACAGAACACACACAAACUCCUUUUCCAUUGAAAUGGUGCUGGUUUCUUUGAUAGGACAUCCUCAUAGAGGCUGUCAGAUUGGGUGCCAGCACCCUGUCAGAGGACGGAGGCAUCCGAUACUGUUUACCAAACCCACUGACACACUUCCAUUCACAAAUGCUGUGUUGUUUUUGUACAUUCAUUGUUUAAAGAGUUAGUAAAUUAUUAGGUGUGCUGCAGAGCAAAUUACUGUAUAUAGUGAGCAAACAUGUUUACUGUGUGACAGAGAGAAAGAGAGAGAGAGGAAAUGAGAUGUGAGAGAGGAGAGACUCCAUGGAUUAAUGUGUAUGUAGAUGUGUAGAUGAAAGACAGGAGGAAAAGCUGGCGAAAAAGGAAAUGUUGAUUUGCCCAGAAACACAUACUGCCUCACUCUAAAAAAUGCUGGAUUAAAAACAAACCAACUUGGGUUAUUUAGCAACCCAGCACUGGGUAAAUAUUGGACAAAACACAUGCGGGGUGAUUUUGAUCCAGCUGGUUGGGUUAAAUGUUUAUACCAAACAUGCUGGGUUAUUUUAUUGAAGUCAGCUAUUGUUUAAAAAUUAUUAUUUUGCUGGUUUAAAAUGGACUGGAACUUAUAAAAACACACAGAAUUACUAGAGGCAACAACAAUAAUCAAAAGAUGAACAUUUUUUAUUUUUUUUUUAGCAAGAACAUAUAGGCAAAAUACAAGACAAAGUGAAUUUAUUUGGGUGAAUACAGCAUAGUUUACGAAAUUACAUACAUUUAAACUCGCAAACAAGCAUUUUAGACAAAAAGUGUAACAUUUAAAAGUAGAAUUUUAAUUUUAGUGUAUUCAGCCGUUCACUGUAAUUGCUUUUAACCGAAAUAGCACUAAUUCUCAUGCUGGUGUGUCGUCGAAAUCUGAGCCGGUGAAGGGCUGCUGUUUGCCGGGUUAACUGCAAACUUCAGACCGCGGCCUCACGUUUCACUCGUAGCUGAAAGGUGCCCUUGCUGACUCCAAAAACUCCAUAAAUCCAUAAAUAAACAGUACUGACAUUAGAGAACAUAUUUUAAGAUUAAACUUAGUACAAUAAUUAAUAAAAUCCAUUUAUUUUAUGCAAGGCACAAGGUGUUUCCAUCCUGUGAAACAACCACUGCUGACACAGCUGACUGACAUCUCGUCCUUAUGUUGCUUUGCAUAGAAUAAUACAAUUUACAACGAAGUAAAGACUUUAUAAAUGAAAUAAAAUGUAUACAAACCUUUAUUUCACUGAAGAAGUGCAAAUCGGCAGCGCUGAGAACCGCUCUCUCAAAAAGCCAGUGCUCUGACUGUAACUCAGCAGCUGGGUUGUUUUGUCAGAGACAGGCUCAACCCAGCAGUUGGGUAGAAAAAAAAUGACCCAGCAACUUACAGAAAAACUACCCAGCACCUGGGUAAAAAUAUUAAAAAUAACCCAAUAAAAUGACCCGACGGGCUGAACCCAGCAUUUGGGUUAAAAAAUAACCCAGCUUUUUUAGAGUGUGUGUGUUAGUAGAGGCAAUGUGAUGGCCUGUCCCAGGACAGUGGGACAGAUCAGCACCCUCAGCAUUUAAGCUGCCAAGCACAAUCAAUGAGAAGCACACACACACUUGCACAUCACAAAUAGACUGGAAGCCAACAGAAGGGUUUUGACACCCAAGUAAAGUAAUUUAACUGAUUUGUUUCAGUAAUUGGACUAUACUAAAUAAUGCAAAAUAUUAAUGGCCAAAUGAUAUGGGUCAUGGAGGUAUAUAGGGUUGCCCAUGUCCAGUAAAAAACAAUAUAAAAUUAAAAAAAGACAAAAUACUGAUAAAAAUGAGACCUUUAAAAUCACUUAAACUGCAUCAUAUAUAUAUAUAUAUAUAUAUAUAUAUAUAUAUAUAUAUAUAUAUAUAUAUAUAUAUAUAUAGCAAAUGAUUUAUUUCUAAAACUUAUUUUAACUAAUAUUUAAUUAAAAAAGCCACAGUUAUUGACUGAUGAAUCUCAGAAUGGCUGAUUAUCGGCUGAUUAGUUGACCUGCCUGAUACAUUAUCCUAUUACUAAGUCUGAUAUUUGUGUUCUUAAUCUACAUAUACUAUAUACUACCAGGAACCGUUUGUGUGGGAAAACUGGAGCAGGUUUACAGUUUGAGAAGGACACACGUUUCUAACACUAAACCGCUAAAGCACUAUGAACAAAACACCACUGACUCUGACAUGAUGUAGCUGUUUAAGCUCAAUUCCGGGCAGUUGUUCGUACGACUGACGCAGCUGUAUACGACUAACGUUAGAUCACUCCCAUUCAUUUUUUGACUUCUAUUUUAUUUGCUUUUUCAUUCUCAUAUUCUUAUUUUGUACAUGUAUUGUGUAAAAUGUAUAUUAUGUAUAUAAAGAGGAUUAUAUAAAAAAGAGACCUUUGAUAAAAAACAAAAAACAAAACAGUUAAUGUGAAGAUUCUUAUGUGAAAAUAAAAGAUAUUUUUGGAAAAUGC